GGCAAGUAAAACAUGAAACUCCAGACAAGCGAUCAAUCAAAUUACAAGUCCCUUAUCGUUUAAAACUUAUGACAGCUAGCUUAAUAGUAAUUAUUAUUUAACUAAUACAACAUUGCUAUUAAUAACCGAUUAUUAAUAAUGUUUAAUGGAUUUGGAGGAAAUACAAAAGAAUACUUCAAAUCAAGACAUAUCUUCAGUAGAGCUACAAGGAGGCUGUCUACAACCAGGACACUAUGAGAACCUUUACAUAUCUAAGUAAAAGACGGUUCGUAAAACUAUGAGGAUAUCUACUAAACUUUACCUUAUAGUAUUUAUGUGCACAUUUAUCAUAUUAGUACAAUAUCAUAUCUACAAUCCUUGGGUGAUACCUACUCUUAACAGUAAUGACGAUAUACGACAAGAAGUUAUUGCUAAAAAGUCACAAGUGCCGUGUUAUAUUUUAGCAACAGCUGAUGGGUCUGAGUUACCACCCCUUUAUAUCAUUACUCCUACUUACAGGAGACCUGAACAAAUAGCUGAAUUGACUAGGCUAUCUCAUACUCUUAUGUUAGUGCCGAAUCUGACGUGGUUAGUGAUUGAAGAUGCCCACAAAACCAACGACUUGAUCAAUGAAGUCUUGCAUAAGUCGGGGAUAAAAUAUCAUUACAUGAUUGCGCCGAUGCCUGCAGAAUUUAAAAAUAAAACCAAAGGCGCAAAGCCCAGGGGAGUAUCAAAUAGAAACAAAGGUAUCGAAUGGAUACGGAAAAAUGCAAAAACUGGAGUUAUUUAUUUUGCUGAUGAUGACAAUACAUAUGAUCUAGAGUUAUUCAACGAAAUACGAUAUACAAAAAGAGUUUCUAUGUUUCCUGUUGGCUUAAUAACGAAAGCAGGGAGUAAGUUCUCCUAUUGUUAAACACGGAGUUUUUACUGGUUUUUACGACGGAUGGAUAGGUGGUAGGAAAUUUGCUGUAGAUAUGGCUGGUUUUGCCGUUUCUGUAGAGUUUCUAUAUAAACGCCCUAAAGCUACUAUGCCUUUCAAGCCUGGAUUUGAAGAGGACGGAUUUUUAAAAAGUCUGUCUCCCUUCGAGCCUGCUGACGUUGAGUUACUUGCGUCUAAUUGUACAAAGAUCUUGGUAUGGCAUACACAGGCAAAGAAAAAUGAACCAUCGCUGCCUCUAGAUAUGGUUAAAUAUAAUAAUUCAAACCUCGUAAUGCUCAAAAAAAUUCUAGUCUAAUCUGACAUUGUUUAUAUUUUUAAAAUAUUGCGCAGGUUAUUUACUUACGAAACUAUCACGCUAUAUAAUGGCAAUUGUUUGGAAAGUCCAUUUGAAUUGUACAUAGUGCAUAAAGUAAUUUAUUUUUUUAUAAGAAAAAUUAUUUUUAUGUUCAUUACGGUGAAAAAUGAACGUAAUGGCGUAAGUUAGUUGUUUCAGUCGUUGUGCACCUUUACAAUGCGUUAUUGAAGCAAUAUUUUUAUUAACGAAUAAAUUUAGUUAGAGUCCUACGAAAUGUGCAAAACAUAUUAUUUGCACAAACUACCUAUUUAUAUAUUUGGUUCAAAAUUUUAAUAUAAAAAGAAAUAUAUUUUUGAAAUGUCCCUAAAAUCACUUAAACUGAUCCUCAACUAUGACAUACUUUAAUAUAUUAUAUUCACGAUAUCCAAAACUAUGUAGUGGUUAAGAUAUUGUAGCGAGAUUAAAUAAAACGAGCGGUUCGAAUUUAUAUAAAUAUUAUUAUUUAUAACUUUACAGUUCGGUACUAUCUUAUCAACUAAACUAACUCAUAACAUCGUUACAUAUAUAUACCAAAAAAGUAUUAUUCUCAAAUCUUCUGGGGUUAGUCCCACCUUUAGUUCGUUGUUUGACAAAAUGGCGCUCCUACAAUCGCGAAGGUUCUCGAAGCCCGAGAUGCUGCUUCGAGAUGCAACCGUUAUACGGGCCACGCUGAAUGCAUGUUUAUAACGUAAAAUUUUCGUAAAAUAAUCCAUGGCUACCAGGAUAUAUUUAUUUCCAUCAUUCGUCUACUGGAAAUGGACCUGCAAUGUCGAUUGCUACUUUUCCAUAGGACUACCAACAUUGUACUGUUACAUGGGUGCCCUCUUUUUACCAACUGGACCAUUACUGGUUACCACAGUUCACAUUUCCGGCACCAUCUUCUUAAAUCAUCUUUACAGUUUCACCAAUAGAACUAGUGUCCAUCUAGUGCACCAUCAUGCAACUGACGCAAUACUUCUGAGACUUUACUUUUAGGUACAAUCAACUGAAGCUUAGAUUCUGUACCAUCAUCAUUCACAAACAGGAGAAUCACUCUUUUAGCACUAGGCAAUUCCAUUGGCUCCAGUAACCACUUGACUUCGGACUACAUGCAAUAAGGUCUUGCCAAGAGGUCUUUACUUCGACGCAUCCAAUCCAAUACUCUUUUUAUACAUGGAUCAUCUGCUUGAGCGUCUUGUAGCUGUUGAGGGCUACCUUUGAUCAUUAAUGACGGUGGUUCGUCUCACGGGGCAAAGUCGUUCUUGAAGUAUCUAUCUUUUUGGACCCGCUGCAGUCUUCAUCGCGUUCUUUUAGUUGCUCACGCAACUAUUUACUAAAAGUUCUAUUAGCAGCAUCUUAGGUCAGGCACACACGUACUUUUUAAAUGUUUCUUUCGUACAAAGAUCACUACCGAACUACGCGAAUGUUCCCGACGAACAAUACUUUUCAAAAGUUCAAAAGUCUUUUUCCAAAGUCACUGCUGAAUUUAUUUUUUUUAUCGCACACGUAACACCAACUGUAGCGGAGCAUAAAUAAAACGAGCGGUUCGAAUUUAUAUAAUAUAUAUUUCAUUUAUAACUUUACAGUUUCGGUACUAUCUUAUCAACUAAACUAACUCAUUAACAUCGUUACAUAUAUAAUACCAAAAAGUAUUAUUCUCGAAUCUUCUGGGGUAGUCUUACCUUUAGUCCGUUAUUUGACAAAUUCGAAGCCCGAGAUGUUGCUUCGAGAUACAACCGUGACACGGGCCACGCUGAAUGCAUGUUAAUAACAAUAUGAUUAUAAUUGCUUUGCUAUCUUCUAAUAUCUAGUAUUUUCCUAUUCUAUGACUUAUUAACUUUUUCUUUAUCUUUACUCUUCAUUCACCACAGUCGUUCACGUUUUUCCAAACACUGUCCAUACUUCUCCAGGACUCAUAUGGUACAACACCUCUACCUUUCUUUAUUUUAUUGCUUGAUCUACAUCUUCGUUGCUUACUAACUACGUAUUAUGUCAUUUUACUAGUUAGGGUGCUCUGUUUUACUUUAAUUAAUGAGAUUUUGGAACUAUAUUACAACUAAUAUUGUGCGCAUACUUCUUUGGUGCACUUUAAUGACUGAACAUACGCUUGCUCUCUGUCUCUUUCUCACCCUCUCUCUUUCUCAUGAAACUUACAAUGAGGCAUGAAAGUUCAUAUUACAGUUGUCAAUUUUUAAGUGUUCAGGAUCGUCAGAAGUGAACAAAUAAUGAAAUUAAUCAUCCAAAGUCACGCCUCCCAACUAGUCAAAAGUAGACAAAAUCACGUAUCAAUCAUGGAUUCUCGGAAAUAGUGGAUUGGAUGAUUAGCGGCGCGUAAGAAAAUAUAUUUCUUUGUUCGUUACUUUACACUGUAACCAAUAGAGUAUUAUAUGUCUGCUUAUAAUAUUAAAAGUAAUACAUUAGAGCUAGUUUAUAAAACACGUUUUGAUUCACUUUUAGUUGGCUUCUACAAACUCACGACUGUACUGCUCUAUAAUUAUAAAUUGCUAUUUUCAUUUCUUUGAUUUUCUUUUUGUUUUUAAUUAUUUCUGAAUUUCUAUCUAGUAUAUUCUUUCGAUGUAGUUUUUCAAUUAUUUCAAAAGAUAUUUAAUUAAUUAAAACAACUUUUGAACAGUUUUCAGUUCUAGCAAAUUUCCUUAGGAAAAAAGGUAUAAAAAUAACUCAAAACUGAAUAAUUUGUUCAUAGUUAGAUAGAUAGAUAGAAACCAUAGUUUCGAUAUAUUAUAUAAAAUCACUUGUGAUAAAUAUUCAAAAUUGCAUACAGAUGUCAGACAGGUCGAGCUGUCAAAGCAUUAAUUAUUAACUAAAUAUAAAACAAGUUUUUUGAAAUAAAAAUCAAUAAAUUUGCUCUAAACUUUGUGCUAAAAAGUGACAAAUAAAAUUAUUGAUAACUGAAACUGUUUAAAUAAUUAUUUUACAUUAAUUUUUACAGAAUUUGAUAAAGUUCCAUAAUAGAUUAGUAAAAAUUUUGUUUCAAUAAUAUUAAACGUAAAAAUUACAGUGAUUUUUGUUACUAUUUAUUUAUAAAUUGUUUUGAUUGUUUUGAUCAUACAAUUAUAUGUUCAUAUCAUAAAAACGCAAUCGUGAUAUUCAAUAUAUUUAUAUCAAUACAAUAUUUAUUGUGCAUAUAAGUACCAUAUCCCAAUACUUUAAGUUUUAUUUUUCAAGAAUGGGGCUGUGGAUGAUUUUUAUACCUAUAUUAGUUUUAAGGUAAUGCCAUUUACACAAUCAUGUAGAUAUUAAAUAGAUAUAUUUGUUGCAUUU